AUGGCUUCUGGCUGCUGGACUUGUAAAGAUCGCAAGGUCCGCUGCGACCUGCGGCAGCCCUCGUGCGCAAACUGCGCUCGGUCGAAGAGAAAAUGCGCUGGAUACGGCAUCAGACUGUCGUGGCCACGGCCAAACGACCGGCGACGCUCCAUGGUUCAUGAGCCAGACAAAUCCUCGCGUGCCAAUCCCGAGAGCGAGAAGGCUCUCCACUUCAUCAAUACAUAUACUUGGCAUGUGGCCAUGUAUGGGUCAUCUUCCGACGGAAGCUAUUCAAAGCUUGUCGCCAAACCCCCUGGCCCUUUGCUGUACUCGCUAUCUUUGAUCAACCGGGAUGAGUCUGUGCUUCUAGACUAUUACAUACGGGCAGACACAAUGGUUCCUGGCGCAGACCCUCCCCGGCCGUUGAUGCAGGUGAUUCUCCAGAUGGCGCUUGCAGACUCUACACAUUCUUCAAAAGCUGUGCUACAGGGUAUCUUGGCGUUGUCGUCGCUUCGCUUGUCAGGAAACUCUGCCGCCUUCGCACACAAGACAAAGGCUAUAUCUGCCCUUGCUCGGUCGUUGAGCCUCGAUAAGACGCGCGAGUUGACAAGCAAAACCGUUGUUGCGAGCAUGCUUCUCUAUCUAUAUGAGACAACCCACCCAAGCUUGACAGGUCCUUCAUGGGCAGUAUACCUCUGUGGCGUCAAGAAGAUUGCUAAAUCCUCCUCCCCCGAGCAGAAUCCCAGCCAUUGUAUGGGUCACGGGCCAUUCUUCAGUUGGCUGCAUUACCAUGAAAUCAUGGGCCACUUCAGCUUGGUUUGGUGGGCACCUCCUGAUCCUCCGCCAAUCUGUUUCGUCGAUGCAGCCGCACUCUUGGGUCUACCUAGGAGUGAAGAGACAGAGAGAAUGCCUUUCCAAAAUGGCCAACUUGAUACUACUUCCGACACAGCCCAACUUUUACACAACGACGAGGGGCCUGUCUGCUCCUUGGUAAUUUUGGACAUCAUCUCGAUGCUAUUUCAUAGCAUCAGCCCAGACGUGGAACAUGCCAUCUCAUCCAAAAAGCGCCAACGCCUACUAGAGGCGGAGAAUACUCUACGCAAAUACUUGUUGGAAUACCCAUCAACCAAGUCCACCUACGAGUCUCGUCAACCCUCAAACACAAGCACUGUCCUCCACUCUAUCGCAGCCCUGGUCUUCCUCAAUCGUGCAGCAUUGGAUUACUCUGGAGAAGAAGCAGCCCACGAGGUUUUAGUGAAACGCGGUCUGGAUAUCCUCGAGACUGUCGAUGUUUCUUAUACCCCGUGGCCCAUCUUUAUUAUAGCCUGCGAGGCACAUCGAGACUCAGCCCGGCUGUUAAUCCUCGAUGUUAUUGCUAGGACAGAGAAGCAUACUGGGAGCCGCCGCUUGACUCUGCUGAGGCAUCUUAUUGAAGGAGCCUGGAACUAUCAUGAUCUGAACCUUGGGCGAGGCUCAGAUUACAGAGUCAUGCUCCAUUCUGUUAUACGGACGGCACCUUACAUGCCGUUUUUUGCAUAG